AUGUCCGUCAAGUAUUUAGUGCGCGCUGAUAUCUUUGACACUCGACUUGCCAUCUCUCGAGAGGAUGUUGUUUCCAUCUUUGACAAUGGCUUGACAGAUUCCUAUUCUGUCAUUGUCUUGCUUCACAAUUCUAUUAUUUACGAGUACACUUUCAGUAACAAGACAUGCACUUGUCAAGCUCAGCUCGAUCAUGGAUAUCCAUUCGUUUCUCCAUGCUAUGUAUUUUCAGGUUACAAUCAAGUUCAAGCAAUGUCGAUUGGCUCUUACAAAGUUUGGCAAUUAAGAAAUUCACAAUUUCCUUUUACGCUCUUUCUCAAUGUUAGAGAUUAUCACGGAAUUUUAAAUGUUCCCACAUUAAGUGACAUUCCACUCAAAAGUGAAUUUUUCGAACAAGACAAUGACCGUGUGCGAUGCAUGGCCACAGCGCCCAUGUACUCCAUUUUUGGAACUGAGAAUGAUUAUUUAUACAUUUUUAUUCAUCCCUACUAUAAAUAUGGGGAUAUUUUUUGGUCUGACUUUUCCGAGCAAACCAUUCCAAAUUGUUACAAUUAUUCUUUCUUUUAUAAGGGAAUUAAGAAAAUUUAUGCCCAUGCAGAGGUUUGUCUUGUACAAGAUGGAAGCAACGAAUGGUACUUGUUUGACAUGAAUCACAACAAAAAACCUGUCCUUUUGCGAGAGUUGAUGAAAUCUCGUGCUCCUCAAGAUUUUGAGGAAAAUGAUACCAUUAUGGAUGUUCUGUGUACGGGACAAACAACCAUCUACAUCUUGACGAAAUGUCUUAAGGUAUUUAUUAUGGUAUAUAACCGUCGGAGUUACUUGUAUUAUGGUUCUUCGUCUGUACGUCUUCGUGAAGACUCGUUGGUCAUCUCUGAAAUGUUGAAGAAACAUGUUGGUGAUAGGAAAGAUUACCACAUUUCUAUGGACAGAACCUCAAAGGAUUUGUGCUUUUAUUUGACCUGUCCAAACUCUGAAAAACUGAUCACGGACAAAGACAAAAAGAAGACGAUUCUCUCUCCCAAUCAACAAUGGUUCCAAUCCAAGAUAGUAGCAAGCUUAAAGGAAAUAACCAAGUCCAGUCUUGGCAAAAGAAGUCACAGCAUACUCAAUGACGCUAUUUCAUUCUCUGACAUUUAUCUCACAAACACGAAUGGCCUAACUCUUUGCACCAUCGAUCACCUGGAACAAGGAAAUCACGAGUAUGAGAGCACACCAAAAAAAAGAAAGAAAUGA